AUGGAGCACACUUCUUCUACUACCAUCUCAGGUCAAAAAAGUACAUACGAAGAUGAAGAUUUUAUCUUUAUCACUGAUGACUACGCUGGGCAGUUCAGUACGGCAUUGUCGUUAGCCAUACCAGUCUUUUUGACGGGACCUCAGGGUUUGGAGAAAAUCAUCACACUACUUCUACAACUAUCUCAUGACAAAAAUAGAAUAUACGCAGAUGAAGAUUUAAUCUUUAUAACUGAUGACUAUGCUGAGCAGUGGAGUACGGCAAUGUCGUUAGCCAUACCAGUCCUUUUGACGGGACCUCAGGGUUUUAGAGAAAUGCAUCACGCACCUUCUCUUACCAUCUCACGACAAAAAUAG